UAGAUUGCUCUUUUUUAAGUAUCUCCUUCCCUUUUGCAGAUUCCUCGUUAUUCAGUUCAGUAUUAUAGGCGUAUAUCCACCAUGACGAAAUCACGGCUGGUCUUCAUUCCUGCUCCCGGUAUUGGUCACAUCGUGUCCACUGUGGAGUUCGCCCAGCUUCUCAUUAACCAUGACGAUCGAUUUUCCGUCACCGUCUUCGUCAUCAAGGCACCGAACGCAGCCGACGUCGAUGCCUACAUCGGCUCUCUCACUUCCUCUCCUACUUUCCCCAAAGGCCUUCACAUCAGUCACCUCCCAACUCACGAAUCUCAGUCUGCUCAGAAGUUACCCCAACUCAUCCAAAACAGCAUCCCCCUGGUCAAGCAGGCUGCGUCCGACCUCAUUCAAGAGUCCCACUCCAACCCGGACUCGCCCCGACUCGCCGCCUUCGUCGUCGACAUGUUCUGCACAGCCAUGAUCGACGUCGCCGAUGACCUGGGGGUUCCCGCCGUCGUCUUCUACACCUCCGGUGCUGCAUUUCUUGGUCUGAUUCUUCAUCUUCACCCACUCAGGGAACAGGGUGUUCUCGACACGACGGCGCCUAACUUCAAGGAUUCCGGCACUGAGCUGAACAUCCCGAGUUUUGCGAACCCGGUGCCCGCUAACGUCUUGCCCACAAUCCUGCUGGAGAAGGAGUGGGAGGGAUUUGUGGACGACUACGUCAAGGGUCUUCGGAAAGCGAAGGGUAUUAUAGUAAAUACGUUCGAGGAGCUUGAACUGCAGGCGGUACACUACCUCUCGAAAGGAGAUACCAGGAUAUAUCCUGUGGGGCCCAUGUUGAGCGCGAAAGAUGAUGAAACGGGUCAACGAGGAUCGGACGUCAUUGAGUGGCUUGAUGAUCAACCCGAGUCAUCGGUUUUGUUCCUGUGCUUCGGGAGCAUGGGCUAUUUCGGUGGGGAUCAAGUGAGAGAAAUCGCAAGUGCACUCGAGAACAGUGGGGUCCGCUUCUUGUGGUCCCUGCGAAAGCCUCCACCAGAGGGUUCAACAAGCAUUACCGAUUACUCAGACCCAUCAGAGGUGUUGCCGGAGGGGUUCAUAGAUCGGACGGACGGUAUCGGGAAAGUGAUAGGGUGGGCGCCGCAGGCGCAAGUGCUGGGCCACAACGCAGUGGGAGGAUUUGUGUCUCACUGUGGGUGGAACUCUAUCCUGGAAAGUGUAUAUUUUGGAGUGCCAAUUGCCACGUGGCCACUGUACGCAGAGCAACAACCCAAUGCGUUUCAACUGGCGCGAGAGUUGAAGAUGGCGGUGGAGAUAUCAUUGGAUUAUAGCAUGGAUCCCAGGAAAGGAAGCUCGUCGGAAGUGAUAAAUGGGAAGAGAAUAGAGAAAGGCAUAAAGGAAGUGAUGGGGAAGGAGAGUGAGGUGAGGAAGAAGGUGAAGGAGAUGAGUGAGUUGAGUCGGAAGGCACUGAUGGAAGGUGGGUCCUCCUACUCUCACUUGGGUCGUUUCGUUGAUGAUAUAUUGAAUGAUAGGUUGUGAAGCCAUCCACAUUGUUUAUUUAUAAACAAGAUUUUAUCUUUAAAAUUGAAUGCAUUGUACUGUUACGUAACCCGAGCGGUUUUACCCUGAUGAUUUUAGAUGUCUAUUCUCAUCUUUAUAUCAAUGAAAAUAAAGAAUUUUUCACUA